AUGUCCAUGUCCAAAGUCAUGUCGAAUGAUCGAGCAUCUGUGAAGUUGGCACAGCUCUUCAUGAACUACCACUCCGGUAAGGGUUGGGAGAAGGAACUGGCGACCGUCCUCCAAGCCUUCGCCGUCAAGUACCAUGAGCUCUCGCCGGAAGUUCAUCUUGGCGCCAGCUCCGACGACAUCGAUGCGGAAGACCACCCCAGCACGCUGUGGCACCAGUUCUUUGUUCGGUCUCUCGGCAAGAUGUUGAACGACCUGCCGCCGAAUGUCAAAGAGUUGAAGGAGAAGCUUGAUGCGCUUGAGCGCGAGCAGGUGGAGGCCGAAGAACCGUUCAGAAACAUGAACAAGAGGCGCCGCGUCGAUGACAACAAGGACCGCAAUGUUCGUACUUUGGAGGCUGGCUCUAAGAAGUCUGAAGGCAAUGAGUGA